AUGAUAUACCUCUCCGCGCCAGUUGAUAGUGAUUUUACUAAGGCGCUGCCAAAGAUCGAGGUACACGCCCAUCUAAGUGGCAGCAUCAGUCGCCAAUGUCUCCACGAGAUCUGGAAACGCAAGAAGCAGAAUGACCCCAAUUUCCCCAUCGAGGAUCCGCUGGUCCUCAUGCCCCCAGGCAAAGUCGACUACACUCUUCAAACCUUCUUCCAAGUCUUUUCCAAGCUUAUCUACCAACUUUGCGACGACUUGGAAAGUCUCAGAUACGCGACAAACUCCGUCCUCGAGUCUUUCCUCAACGAUGGAGUCCGAUACCUCGAGCUACGCACUAUCCCCCGCGCAUCGCCAGCAUCCAACAUAACCCGGGAAAGAUAUCUAAAUACCAUCCUCGAUACGAUUGCCCAGUUUCACUCCAAGGAUAAAAUGUCCGUAUUCCUCAUCCUAGCCCUGGACCGCGGUAACACGACUCCCGCUGAAGCUAUGGAAAUCAUCGACCUCGCUAUCGCCAAUAAAGCGCGCGGCGUCGUCGGCGUCGAUCUAUGCGGCAACCCGACGAAAGGAGAUGUUACCAUAUACCGCGAUGCAUUUGCACGAGCCAAAGCGAAUGGAUUGGGUAUUACGCUGCAUUUUGCAGAGUCCCCAGCGUCCGGGGAUGUUAAGGAAUUGGAGGCAUUGCUUUCGUUCCAACCUGAUCGGUUGGGUCAUGUCAUCCAUGUUCCUGAGGACGUCAAGCGGGAGAUUGCAAAGCGGAGGAUUGGCUUGGAAUUGUGCAUGUCUUGUAAUGUGCAUGCAAAGUUGAUUGAAGGGGGUUUUCUGGACCACCAUUUUGGGGAGUGGAGAGGUCAGGAGUGUCCGAUUGCGUUAUGUACGGAUGACGUGGGCUUCUUUUGCAGUCCUGUCUCGAACGAGUAUCUUCUUGCUGCGGAGCACUUUGGUGUUGAUCGUGCGGAAAUGCUGGGUAUGUGUGAGAAAUCGGUGGAUAUGAUAUUUGGUGGUGAACAAGAGAAGAAGAGACUUCGUGAGAUUAUAUUACGAUUCAAAGAUGAACUAUGA